AAUACUAUAGCAAGGAGUGAGGAACAGCUGUAGGGGACAUAGUAAACAGCAGAGGGCGCCAUGACACUACGCAGACAAAAAGUAGUGUAGAUUAUAAGUGGUAAGAUGUGUGUUUGAGGUUGUAAAACAGUACCGUAUAAAAUACAAAUAGUAUUAAAAAGGCAAAUUGGUUUAAAGCAGUUAAUAUAUUUGUCUUGCAGAUGUAAGACAUAAUGAGAGAGAAAUGUGAGACUCAGCAGAUUUAGCUCCUGGAAGCAGGAAGUUCAGAUGGAGAAGGUGAAGUAGGUGAAACCCUUCCUCCUACCUCUGCUCAUCAACAUCUCUCUCUCUCUCUCUCUCUCUCUCUCUCUCUCUUUGUCUGUCCCUCCUCCAAUCAUAGCCAGUCCUCCCUGAUCCUGACCCCUCUGAAUGCUUGCUGAGCCUCCACCUUUGCUUCUCCUCUCCCCACUAAGUCCUCCUUUCAUCACAUCAUCUCUAGCUGAAGUCUGAACCUCAUCAUGACCUCCAGCUCUACAGCGUUUCCUCCAGAAGCACAUUUCUGAUGCAAAGUUGAAAAAGACAGUCUCAUGGGCCUGAGCAAAAGGACGGCGGCAGAGCGGAGAUGUUCAGAAAGAGGCCUCCUCCAGAGGAGGAGAGAAAGGUCAAAGCCAAUGACAGAGAACACAAUGAAAAGUUUCAGUAUGCGAGCAACUGCAUCGUGACAUCAAAGUACAACAUCCUCACCUUCCUGCCUGUCAAUCUGUUUGAGCAGUUCCAGGAAGUAGCCAACACUUACUUCCUUUUCCUGCUCAUUCUACAGUUGAUACCUCAGAUUUCCUCCCUGUCCUGGUUCACUACCAUUGUGCCUUUGGCUCUGGUGCUGAGCAUCACUGCAGUAAAGGAUGCCACCGACGACUAUUUUCGCCACAAGAGCGACAACCAAGUGAACAAUCGGCAGUCUCAGGUUCUCAUCCGAGGCUCGCUACAGAACGAAAAGUGGAUGAACGUUAAAGUGGGUGAUAUCAUUAAGCUGGAAAACAAUCAGUUUGUGGCGGCGGACCUGCUCCUGUUAUCGAGCACUGAACCACACGGCCUGUGCUACAUCGAGACGGCCGAGCUUGACGGAGAGACCAACAUGAAGGUGCGUCAGUCUGUGUCAGUGACGGCUGAGCUCGGUGAUCCAAACAACUUGGCAUCGUUUGAUGGUGAAGUGGUGUGCGAGCCUCCCAACAACAAACUAGACCGCUUCUGUGGCACUCUCUACUGGCGAGAGAAGAAAUACCCCCUGACCAACCAGAACAUGCUGCUCCGAGGAUGUGUCCUCCGCAACACAGAGGCGUGCUAUGGCCUGGUUAUCUUUGCAGGCCCAGAUACCAAGCUAAUGCAGAACAGCGGUCGCACCAAGUUUAAGCGUACAAGCAUCGAUCGUUUGAUGAACACUCUGGUCCUCUGGAUCUUUGGUUUCCUGGUGUGUAUGGGUGUGAUCCUGGCUGUGGGCAAUGCAGUGUGGGAGAGAGAGGUGGGCUCCUUGUUCCAGAGCUACCUUCCCUGGGACCCUCCUGUGGACAACUUUAUGUUCUCAGCCUUCCUUUCCUUCUGGUCCUACAUCAUCAUCCUUAACACUGUCGUUCCUAUUUCUCUAUAUGUCAGUGUGGAGGUGAUCCGGUUGGGUCACAGCUACUUCAUUAACUGGGAUCGGCAGAUGUUCUGUUCUCGGUGCAACACAGCGGCCGAGUCCAGGACCACCACUCUGAACGAGGAGCUUGGCCAGGUUGAAUACAUCUUCAGCGAUAAAACUGGAACUCUAACUCAGAACAUUAUGACCUUUAAUAAGUGCUCCAUCAAUGGGCAAACUUAUGGUGAAGUGGAUCCGUUAGGAAAACAACGAAAGAGGCUGGAUUUCACUCCUUUCAACCCCCUGGCAAACCCAGAUUUCUGUUUCUAUGAUGAAAAGCUGCUGGAAUCAGUGAAAGUGGGGGAUUCGCACACUCACGAGUUUUUCCGCCUACUUUCUCUCUGUCAUACUGUUAUGAGUGAGGAGAAGAGUGAAAGAGAGCUGGUCUAUAAGGCACAAUCUCCAGAUGAGGGCGCUCUGGUGACGGCAGCUCGAAACUUUGGAUUUGUGUUUCGUUCUCGAACACCUGGAACGAUUACUACGAUCGAGAUGGGCAGAACCGUCACCUACUCACUGCUCGCCAUACUGGACUUCAACAACAUCCGCAAGAGGAUGUCUGUUAUAGUGCGCAACCCAGAAGGCAGGAUCUGCCUGUACUGUAAAGGAGCUGACACAGUACUAUUAGAGAGACUCCACCCUUGCAACCAGGAACUGAUGAGCAUCACCUCAGACCACCUAAAUGAGUAUGGAGCUGAUGGGUUACGGACUCUUGCUCUGGCAUACAGGGAGCUUUCCGAGGACGAGUGGGAGGCCUGGUCAGAGAGCCACCGCUGUGCAGAUAAGGCUACUGACUGCAGGGAGGACAGGCUGGCUGCAGCUUAUGACAAGAUAGAACAGGAUAUGAAGCUCCUAGGUGCUACAGCUAUUGAGGACAAGCUGCAGGAAGGAGUCCCAGAGACCAUUGCUCUCCUCUCUCUGGCCAACAUUAAGAUCUGGGUUUUGACUGGAGACAAACAGGAGACAGCAGUCAACAUUGGCUACUCCUGUAAAAUGUUGACUGAUGACAUGACUGAGGUGUUCAUCAUAGGUGGUCACACCGUUCAGAGUGUACGACAAGAACUCAGGAGCGCGAGGGAAAGGAUGAUAGAACUAUCCCGUGCUAAAGAUGGGGGGAAAACUGAAGGGAUGGAGGCCUGGGCUGAGGCAUGUUUCAUGGGUAAUGGGAAGAAAGACGGGCAAGAAGGAGACUGUACAUCAGGAAGAGGGUCGAAACAGCGGCAUUGCUCCUCUUUCCCUCCGUCUGCCUCUGGUGACAUGGACAGCAUCUCAGGGGAGUUUGCCCUCAUAAUCAGUGGUCAUAGUUUGGCACACGCGCUUGAAGCAGACAUGGAAGCCGAGUUUGUGUCGACAGCAUGUGCCUGCAAAGCAGUUAUCUGCUGCAGAGUCACACCGCUGCAGAAAGCUCAGGUGGUGGAGCUCAUCAAGAAACAUAAGAAGGCUGUGACUCUGGCUAUAGGAGAUGGCGCCAACGACGUCAGCAUGAUCAAAAGUGCUCACAUUGGAGUGGGUAUCUCCGGUCAGGAGGGGAUCCAGGCCGUGCUGGCCAGCGACUACUCCUUCGCCCAGUUCCGCUUCCUCCAGCGUCUCCUGCUGGUCCACGGCCGCUGGUCCUACCUGCGCAUGUGCCGUUUCCUCUGCUACUUCUUCUACAAGAACUUUGCCUUCACCAUGGUGCACUUCUGGUUCGGCUUCUUCUGUGGCUUCUCUGCCCAGACGGUGUAUGAUCAGUACUUCAUCACACUCUACAACAUUGUGUACACCUCCCUCCCUGUGCUGGCCAUGGGGGUUUUUGACCAGGAUGUUCCAGAUCACAGAAGUCUGGAGUAUCCUAAGUUGUACGAGCCCGGGCAGCUCAACCUCCUCUUCAACAAGAAGGAGUUCUUCAUCUGCAUCACCCAAGGCAUCUACACCUCAGUGGUGCUUUUCUUUGUGCCCUACGCCGUGCUGUCCGAUGCCACUCAGAGCAACGGGGUGCCCCUCGCCGACUACCAGACAUUCGCAGUCACAACGGCGACAGCCCUGGUUAUUGUUGUCAGUGUACAGAUCGCUCUAGAUACAGGUUUCUGGACGGUCUUUAACCACAUGUUCGUUUGGGGCUCUGUGGGCUCCUAUUUCACCAUCAUGUGUGGGCUGCACAGCCAGACCCUCUUCAGGAUCUUUCCCAAUCAGUUCCGAUUCAUAGGUAGUGCCCAGAACACACUAUUGCAGCCAGUUGUGUGGUUAACUAUUGCACUAGCAACAGCAAUAUGCGUAGUUCCAGUUUUGGCAUUCCGCUUCCUCAAGCUGGACCUCAAGCCUCAGCUUUCAGACACGGUGCGUCACACGCAGUUGGUGAGGCAGAAGAGGCGGAAACCGGCAGGUCGCAGCAUUGCAGGGACCUGGCGCGGCACAGGCAGCGUCUCCGAGGGUCGCCUCGGCGCCCGAGGGGGUUCCAGGCGGUCCGGCUACGCCUUCUCCCAUCAGGAAGGCUUUGGAGAGCUGAUUACCUCAGGAAAAAACAUGAGGCUCUCCUCCUUGGCCCUCGCCAAUUUUGCCUCCAAGCACAGCUCCAGCUGGAUCGAAACGCUUCGCAGGAAGAAAAACAAUCACACUCCACCGAGCACGUCUGGAGAGUGCAGCCCGGCGCCCAGUAACAUGUCUGGGAUGGGUCCGGCUCUGUCAAACUCUUCUUCUGUUCUGGGAGGCUCACAAGAAACACCAAUCGAGGAGGAAACUGACACAGCAGUUGUCUUGUCUUCAUUGUCACAUCCAGCAGCCUCGGAACCAGCUGAGCCUCGGGCCCCUGCUCAGGUCGCUCUCGCUGACAGCUCUACAUCUGCUGCAGCCAGGACAGACUCACCUGGAGGCUGGACACGCUCUCUAGAGACUGUGCAGGAAGCUCUGUUUGGUCGGAGGGGCUGUGCCAGUGCUUCUAGCACCCAAGACCCGCCAUGUGAUGCCACAGAAACCCCCCACAUUGAGUGAAACCCAUGCACAAGAUAGUUUCCCCUCACAGAAAGCAUGGUGGGUUGUUCUGGAUCCAUGCAAAGACUGACUCUUACAGAAACACAACUGAGAUAGAGUUUUGGUCUCAAAAUAUCUCACAAGAGGAAGCGGCUUAUUCUAAUAGCCUUGACCUUCCCAUCAAUAGUUCUGAUUUUUUUAAAAUGAGGUUUAAUGUGUUCAAGUGUUGCUGCAGAUUUGAAAGCAGAUGGUGAGACAUUUAGCUAUUAGUCACGUUUCUCCUGCAUAUUGCACAUGCCUUACACUUAAAAACAAGUAGAUGAAUGAGAGGGAAGUAAGAUGCAGGCAUUACUAUCAAUAAAAGCUUUCACUGUUGAAAAAUCUGUUUAUUAUAGUUCUCAGUGAGAACGCAACUUAGUUUAACCACAAGUCUGUCGCAAUGUUUAAUAAUUUUUUUUUUCAUCUGCUGUGUUAAUAUUCUGUUUCUAUUUUUUGCAUCAUAUUGAUGUGUUUUCAAAGGCCUGGUUGAGUUGCACCUUAAAUGAAGAUUUUGUGCUUUGAUUUUAACGUUAGGCCUUGGUUUUGACAAAAGCCGUUUCUUUUUUUUUGUAGUAGUAGUUUCAUGUGCCUCUUUAAUAAAAAUGAAUAAACAGGCAAACUCAUGACUGUUUACUUUAGGUCAGAUCUGGGCAGAGUGCAAAGAAUAGCUGAAGUUGUUUUACAAAUUCCUGUUUUUUGUUGUAAACAUACACUCCUGUGAAGUUUUCUUGUUUUUGCUUGUAAAUAAAAAAUGAAAACAUCA